GGGGUCUUUCGCCCGGUAUUUAGGUUAAGGAAGGGCCGUCUCAUCGGCCCGGAAAGGACAGAAUCUACGGUGUUAAUCGGACUUCUUUUCAGAUGGAGACUAAUCUGACCUAGACAGGAUUGCGCGAGGACAUUGGAUUUGGCCGAAAUAGAAUGCUUUUCUCUGAUACCGAAAGGGCUUUCCAGCCAAAAAUCGUUACCAGUAUCCUGUUAGAAUACACCACAAGGUUUUAUGGAGACUUUUUUUUAAACAGGACUGAAGGAGAAAUUGGCGGGCAACAAUUUAUGCCUCUGUUUCCUUUGUUUUGAGGCGUUCUGAUGCUGGGAACCACAACGUGUGAUGUGAUUUUACAAGGUUAAUGUUGAAGAAGGAAAAUGCGGAAGUCGUCAUUUGACAAGUUUUAUAAAUGAGUAUUUGAAGCUCAGGAAUAAGUGAAGCUGAAAUUUGAAAAAAUAAAAGAAAGAAUGCAUGCUAAGUAUCAGACCAGAAGUCCCACUUGUAGAAUAUUGAGCAAUUUGUGUGAAGUGGGGAAGAUGAAAGAAGUCAGAAUUUGAAACGGAAGAAUGAAGAAAAGAAAUAAAAAUGAAGUUAAGAUAAGAAGUAAUCUGGAAUCAGAAAGCACUACGCUAAGAAUCCCGUUCUGCUUCCAGAAGUGGAAGUGCUCACGGAUCGGGGAAAUCUGCAAGGCAUACCCCUGCAAGGUCUCGCUCCAAGGAAGAUUCCAGGCGUUCCAGAUCAAAGUCCAGGUCCAGAUCUGAAUCUAGGUCUAGAUCCAGAAGAAGCUCUCGAAGGCAUUAUACAAGGUCAAGGUCAAGGUCCCGCUCCCAUAGACGAUCCCGUAGCAGGUCCUACAGUCGAGACUAUCGCAGAAGGCACAGCCACAGUCAUUCUCCCAUGUCUACUCGCAGGCGUCAUGUUGGGAAUCGGGCAAAUCCUGAUCCCAACUGUUGUCUUGGAGUAUUUGGGUUGAGCUUGUAUACCACAGAAAGAGAUCUGAGAGAAGUAUUCUCUAAAUAUGGCCCCAUUGCUGAUGUGUCAAUCGUAUAUGACCAGCAGUCCAGGCGUUCAAGAGGAUUUGCCUUUGUAUAUUUUGAAAAUGUAGAUGAUGCCAAGGAAGCUAAAGAGCGUGCCAAUGGAAUGGAGCUUGACGGGCGUAGGAUCAGAGUCGAUUUUUCUAUAACAAAAAGACCACAUACCCCAACACCAGGAAUUUACAUGGGAAGACCUACAUAUGGCAGUUCACGCCGUCGGGAUUACUAUGACAGAGGAUAUGAUCGUGGCUAUGAUGAUCGGGACUACUAUAGCAGAUCAUACAGAGGAGGAGGUGGAGGAGGAGGAGGAUGGAGAGCUGCUCAAGACAGGGAUCAGAUUUACAGAAGGCGGUCACCUUCUCCUUACUAUAGUCGUGGAGGAUACAGAUCACGUUCCAGAUCUAGAUCAUACUCACCUCGUCGCUACUAAAGCAUGAAGUUGAAGACUUCCAGAAACCUGCCCUAGAGCUGGGAUAUUGUUUGUGGACAAUAUUUUUUAUUGUCUCCUGUUUAAAAAGUGAACAGUGCCUAGUGAAGUUAGGUGACUUUUACACCUUUUAUGAUGACUACUUUUGGUGGAGUUGAAAUGCUGUUUUCAUUCUGCAUUUGUGUAGUUUGGUGCUUUGUUCAAAGUUAAGUGUUUUCAGAAAAGUAUGUUUUGCAUGUAUUUUUUUACAGUCUAAAUUUUGACUGCUGAGAAGUUUCUAUUGUACAAAACUUCAUUUAAAAGGUUUUUCUACUGAAUCCAGGGUAUUCUGAAGAUCGAAGCCUGUGUGUAAAAUGCUACCAAAUGACAAAAAGCAAAAUAAACAGUUUGAUUUUUACUUUUCUUUCUAACAUAUCAAUGCUUAGCAGAACUGUUCGGAUUGUCAGUAGUAAGUUUAAAGACAAAAAUGCCCGUUAUCCUCCAGUUCAUGAAACAUACCAUACUUACUAUACCUGCAACUAUAAGUGUUAAAAAUUAUGCUCUGUAACUCUGUACUGCUAGUAUUAGAACUAAAAGUUUUUCAAUACAGCAAAUGCUUAAUGCUUAUAUAAAUGUGGAUUUGUCAGCCUUUAUGUAAUCUGUAUUAUAUUUAGCAGGGAAUAAGGAGAGUUACACAGUGUAUGCCUUUAAAAGGCUACUUAAAAGCUGUUACAAGGGGAUAAUGGUAUUUCAACUAAUUAUCAGCAAGUGACAAUACAUUCCACCACAAAUGUACUCUUGUUCUUCUAGCUUUUAGACCAUAUGAAAAAACUGGGUGCUUCAAAGUACAGGAUGAGAAGGGAACACUACACCUGUGUCAUGGAUGAGCUGAAGACUUUGCCUGUUCAUUUUUUAAAUAUUAUUUUCAGGUCCUUUGCUUACCAAAGGAGGCCCAAUUUCACUCAAAUGUUUUGAGAACUGUUUAAAUAAACGCAAAUGAAAAGAAAAAUUGCUGGUACAACUCAGUUUACAAAGAAGUGUUUAUUUUAUUUUAACUUUGUUACUUGUAAUUAGAGUUCUUCUAUAGUUUAGGGACUAAUUCAGUCCCUAAUGCAGUGUGUUCCUUGGGCUAACGUGUUCUUUUUGCUCUUUAAAGAAAAGAGAUAUUCCUGGAAAAUAAACUGAAACUUCAGCCUUCUCACAAACCCUGAGGGUACCAGAAAUGCAUGUUCUGUAUUAGUGCUUUUGCAUUUGGGUGGUGGUUCUUAUCAGUUCUCAGGGAUAUUGCUAUAGGUAGGUAAUGUCAUUGUGUUAGCUGACCUUUAUGGUACUUAUAUGUCAUUUAAUAUAUCCCAAGUAUUUUGUUAAAAUACUUUACAUAUAAGUGUAUUAAUUUGUAUAAUGUUUAGCAAUCAUAUGCUGUAGAAUGACUUUACCUUGGGUCAGAUAGCUAUUAAAGUAGCAAUGCCAGGAUCUGAAACUAGGCAGUCUGUUAAUCAUAAUGCUCUUCUGACUCAUGUGGAUAGCUUUGGCAGGUCAUGAUUUGUAAAACUUCUGAGCAGGAUGUUUUAAAUGUGUACCUCAAGACUUUUGGUAACUAUUAAAUGUAUAUAGAAUUCCA